CCACGACAGACAGCCAGCUUCUCCCCACCGUCCAUCAUCCUCGCUGCGCCCUAUUACUCUUCCUCCGCACCACUCGCGUAAUGGACACCAUAAUCUAUCGGCAGUAUAGUGGCGAGUCUGAAUUACCUCAUAUAAUGGCACUCGUUCAGCAUGAGCUGAGUGAGCCGUAUGUUAUCUACACCUAUCGCUACUUCCUCCAGCAAUGGCCGCAUCUGGCGUUCCUCGCGUACCCGAGUCAGUCGUCUGACCCGGUGGGUGUCGUCGUUUGCAAGCAGAGCAUGCACAGAGAUGUCUCGAACAGAGGCUACAUCGCUAUGCUAAGUGUACAUAAGAGCUGGCGAAAGAGAGGGAUAGCAAGCACGCUCGUCCGGCGAACCAUUGAGGUCAUGAAGAAGCAUGGCGUGGAAGAGGUGGUACUCGAGACAGAGUACGAUAACUCGGCAGCGUUAUCGCUGUACGAGUCUCUAGGAUUUAUCCGCCAGAAGCGUCUAUACCGCUUCUACCUCAAUGGCAAGGAUGCGUUCCGGCUGGUCCUGGUUAUUCCUCCACCAGAGGUCGACGAGGACGAUGACUCCAAGCUCGUACCGAAGCGGCUGCCGAUCCGGUUCAUGGCCCCGGCGCGAACCAUCGCUAUACCCGCGCUUCCUUACAACAGCGAUGACGAAGUUUCUUCGCGGUGAUUGAGUAUUAACUUAUGAUCCUAUCAGUCCGUUCUCAUCACUUUACCUUGGUUCCCUCGUCAUGACUCGCGAUCACAUCGUUUGUUGUUGUACAGCGUAUUUAUUGGACCCCUCCCCACUCAUCUCCCUGUAUUACUGGUGUACCGCUAGUAUCUCCCGGGUUCGCGUGAUAAUGGUACUUUGCUUGUACGGUUUGUUUCUGGCUUGUAUCUUGCUUUCUCGCUCCCACUAUUGACUUACACG